GCGAUUCAUUCUCGAAAGUUCCGGAAGCUGGUAGAUGGAAAGUUUAUAUAUAUAUGGACGGCGAGGUUACGCGACAGUUUAGUACAGCUUGGUGCGUAGGAGCGGCGAAAGUCCUUCGCGAUUAUUCCUUGUCAACUGUCGCGAGCCUACGUGCUUUUGUGUCUCCUGCGUGGCCUGUGCGAAACGUACGCGAGCUCCCGAGGCGAACAUAGGAGCGGGACAGAAAUAGCAGGAUAGGAGAUGGGCAAGGACUACUACAAGAUACUUGGCAUAGCCAAGGGGGCGAGCGACGAGGAGAUAAAAAAGGCUUACAGGAAGCUGGCCCUGCGAUAUCAUCCGGACAAGAACAGAAGCCCCGGCGCGGAGGAGAAAUUCAAGGAGAUAGCCGAGGCCUAUGAGGUCUUGUCGGAUGCGAAGAAGAGGGAGGUCUACGAUAAAUUCGGCGAGGAGGGCCUGAAAGGGGGUGCCUCGGCCGGCGGGGGCGGGGGAGGCGCCACGUACACCUUCCACGGCGACCCGAGAGCCACGUUCGCCCAAUUCUUCGGCUCGGCCAGCCCCUUUCACAAUCUGUUCGAGUUCGCUGGUAACCGCGGCGGUUUCGCCUUCCACGACGACGACAUGGACAUCGACAUGGACCCCUUCGGCCUCGGCAUGGGCCCGCCGCGGCAAGGUGGCGCCUUCAGGUCGCACUCCUUCAACUUCGCCAGCCCAAACACCGGCAAGGGGGCCGGCAAGGAUCGCGCCCAGGAUCCCGCCAUCGAGCACGACCUGUACAUCAGCCUGGAGGAGAUUCUGCGCGGCUGCACGAAAAAGAUGAAGAUAUGCAGACGGGCGAUACAGCCGGACGGUAGCGCCAAGAAGGAGGACAAGCUGCUCACCAUCAACGUCAAGCCGGGCUGGAAAGCCGGCACCAAGAUCACCUUCCAGAAAGAAGGCGACCAAUCGCCCAGGAGGGAACCCGCGGACAUUGUUUUCAUCAUCCGGGACAAGCCGCAUCCGCUCUUCAGGAGAGAAGGCAGUGACAUUAGAUACACGUGCAAACUGAGCUUGAAGCAAGCCUUGUGCGGUACCGUCGUCGAAGUUCCUACGCUAACCGGCGAGAAGAUACCUCUCAACCUAACGCGGGAGAUUGUCAAGCCGAAUACAGUCAAGAGGUUCCAGGGACACGGUCUACCUUUCCCCAAGGAACCGUCGCGGAAGGGCGAUCUUCUCGUGUCGUUCGACAUCAAAUUCCCCGAGACUCUGACUCAAAGCGCCAAGGAUAUAUUGUUCGACACGUUACCUAAUUGAGCUUGUCGAUCGAUCGGGAGAAGCAAACGUAACGUAAGAAAUGUCGACGCACUCUUUUUUAAUCACACCUUGAAUCGUCUCGGUCAGCGAAAUUACGGAUACGGAUACGUCUCGUGUACGUUCUAGUACAUGGAUCUAGCGCAUACAAGGACGACGAUGACGGCAACGGCGGCAUUGAGAGAAACUGAUCGAGAACGACGAAACAUUUCCGCGAUUUGCUCUUAGAGGUCAAAUCAAAUGAGACAAAUAUGUAUUUUCUUCGGCAUCACGUCGGUAUUCAGUUCAGUAAUUCAAUUCAGCGAGUUGGUGUCUAUAUGUAGCGCGAUUGGUCCCAAUCUCGAAUAAAGUAAAGAGUUAAGCACAGAUCUAAAUAGAUAAAAUUAUAUAUAUAUAUAUCACAUACAUUGUUUUCUCCAUUAUACAUAUACGUAUGUGCAUGUAUGCGUGGGUGUGUAUGCGUGCGUUCUAGAGAUACACGUGUGGUACGAAGGCUGUGUAUGAUAACGCGAGUGCAAUAUCAGAAAUUCUAUUAGUUUCGUACUUGUUUACUAAAAGCUUGCGAGAACGAAGAGAGAGAGAGAGAGAGAGAGAGAGACGAACGUUUCAGAUAUUGCCCUCCGCCAGUCUCGUACAUCAUUUUUGUCGUACGUACACUCUGUCUAUAAUAUAGUAUAAAGAAUUUUUGUUUACAUUUUAAAUAUUGCAAGACACAAACUGACGAAGACAUGUAUAUUGGACUCUAAGCCAACACACACACACACACACAAGUCCCGUUAUGCAAUUGCUCCUAAGUUUAAUGGUUGAUUAAUUAUUUGUACGCUAAAUAUGAGAAAUAUUAAGUUACACGAUA